AUGUCUAACAAUUUUACUCUGUUCUGGGCUCUCGUUCUUGCGGCCUUGUACGUGAUGACCACUGUGAAGGGUGAUUCUUCUUCGAACAACACCAUGGUUGUUAUGAAUGACGAUCAAAGACUUGAUUUUCUCAUGGACUGUGUGGAAUCCAAACGACAACAUUAUCCUUUUCUCUCGAAGAACAGCACCGAAUCUGAUUGUUGUUUGAGUUUGGCAAGAAAUUAUCUCUACAAUCAAGUCAUGAAUGAAUUUGAGAAAGUUUCAAACAAUGCCACUCAUUUGUAUUAUCCAUCUGUUCCAUGGCAGAUUGCAAAUACUUUGAAAGUGUGUCAUGGCAUCAUUGACAGUCAUGACUGGAAACAAAAACAAAACCUUCAAAGCAAUUUCUCUGAAUUGUUCAAAGAGACUCAACCUUGGAGAAUGUCAUCAUUGGAAACACUUCGCAAUCAAGAAGGAAUGGGAAACUUUCCAACUCUCAUCUUUGAUUGGUGUGAAGGCAAUUCGAAAUGUAUUUCCAAUUCAAUGAAACUUUGUGCCAGUCACAUCAUUUUCGAACACAUUCUUGACACACAACACAACAAGAACAAUUACGAAAUGGGUAAAAAAACUGUCAAUGAUUACUAUCAACGAGUGAUCAACUCAUGGGGAAACCUCAAAGAAUGA